AUGAAAUUCUACACCCCAUUCGUUCUGCUCUCUUUUCUUUCACUUGCCCGGGGCGGUGAUGUGCUUGGAGCUGUUGGAGGGGAAAUGACUAAAGGUAUUGGAGGGGCCAUGGGACAUGGGUGCUUGAAACUUGAAGAUGCAUAUAAGAACGCCUGCAAGAGGGACCCAAAGGGUGAUGUCCUUUUUAAAUGUUUUGCACCCCACCAAUCAGCGAUCAACCAACACCUAGAGAAAGCCGGAGUGGAGGAGGAUGAUAUGAAGAAGAUGGACGAAAUGCGCAAGAAGUGUAAAUCCACUGCCUGCGAUCCACAGAAAGCCAAAACCUGCGGACAGAAGGAAGCAAUGGAAUUCAAGAAGAAAUACGAAGAAAAGGCGAAGAAGGCUUAUUUCGCCAACCAAGAGGAAUUCACGAAACUUUGCUCGGAAGCCGAAGAGUGUCUGAAAGGUAAGCGAACCCAGCAAAGCAUCCAUGGAUAUUGGGGUGAUCGGGUGGAGGGCACAGCGGUGGAGGGCACAGUGGAGGGAAAAGUGGAGGGAAAGGCAGAGGGAAAGGAAGAACAGGCAGUGGCAGGCAAUGAUAUGGGACUAUCAGCAAUAGUCGGAAAGUGA